CUCCUUAAAGACAUUCCUGCUCUUUUUGGGGAAGUUUCACCCCAUUAUCCAGUGGAGCUGGAAAAUCCCGAAUCUCCUUAGAGAAGGACACAGCAAAGCAGCAUAAUUGGCGAGGAUGACCAAGCUGCAGAACUUCACUUGGGCAGUGGAAGAUAUUUUCAAGGAAACCUUCCUCAAUUACAUGAACAGCUGGAGGAGGAACAUGACAGAAGCAGCGGACAAACUGCAGGCUGAGGUGGCUGCUGAAAACUUUGACUACGUUAUCCUGUACCUGAUGGUGAUGAUUGGGAUGUUCUCCUUCAUCAUCGUGGCCAUCCUGGUGAGCACUGUGAAAUCCAAGAGGAGGGAGCACUCCAAUGAUCCCUAUCACCAGUACAUCGUGGAGGACUGGGGCGAGAAGUACAAGAACCAGGUGCUGAACCCAGAAGAUCUCAAGUGUGUGAUCCAUGAAAACCUGGGGGCCAGGGAUAAAACAAGCCCAGAGUCACCUUGACUCUCUGGGAAUGCCAGCAGUGAG